GGAUGAGCGGGCGGCGAAGCGCGGGGCGGAGCGGCGGGCGGAGCAAUGGAGGCGGGCUUGGCGGGAGUGGAGGAGGUGGCGGAGGUGGCGGGCGACGGGCGCGCGGACGAGGCGGCCGGAGCGGAAAGGGUGGCGGAGUUGGUGGAGGUGGCGACGGUGGUGGUGGUGGUGGUGGUGGUGGAGGCUCGCUGGAAGAGCUGGAUGACGGGACAACGCCGCUGGAGGAGAUCAGAGCGCGGUUCUCGCCGGCGCAGAUGAAGGAGGUCCGCUCCAUCUUUGCACUGCUUGCCGGCGACGACGGGACGAUCGGGAACAACGACCUGAUGGCGGCUAUGGUCGACGUAGGUACCGAUCCUUCCGAGGCCGAGGUCUCUGAUCUCAUUCUCUACGCCUCGUCGACGGAGAACAUGUCGGGCAGGCUGACCUUUGACGACUUUCUCCGCUGCAUGGCUGGCCUCUACUUUGACGACUCAUUCGAGGCCGGCACGUUGUGAUCGCUCUGCAUAGCCCGGGCCAAGAGGUUGGAUCUCGUGCGAUGAUGCGACUGCGCUGCGUUGCUUUCGAGGCUAGUGGCGACGUAUGAAAUGAACCACCGUACCGUCCGG